CAGGCUGUCACGUGCUAGAAUCCAACGCUAGGAGAGAUAUUCGUUGAUGCUGUGAAAUUGAACGGUUAAGAUCCCUCUCGCACGAUUUACAAACUCGUAAUAGAGCUCCUUCUCCUACUUUUCUAUCCCUUUCCGUUGCUCGACGUGGAGAAGGGUACGGUGCGGCGCUGCGUGCAUACAGCGUCCCUCUCCGUUCCAGGAUGGUUGUGCAGAACUUUGAAGUUGAUUUGAACAAGGCCCUUGUUUUCCAGGUGGGACAUCUUGGGGAAGCUUAUGAAGAGUGGGUUCACCAGCCAAUUGUUAGCAAGGAUGGUCCUCGUUUCUUUGAAAAUGAAAUUCUGGAGUUCUUGACGCGCACAGUCUGGUGGGCAAUACCAGUCAUUUGGCUGCCAGUUGUAUGCUACUUUGUGUAUAGCUCUGUACUUAUGGGCCUCAGUUGUCCUCAGUCGGCUCUAAUGGUGCUUGUUGGCAUUUUUGUUUGGACAUUCCUUGAGUACUCAUUGCACAGAUUUCUUUUUCACAUUAAAACAAAGACCUACUGGGGAAAUACCUUGCAUUAUCUACUCCAUGGCUGCCACCAUAAGCACCCAAUGGAUGGCUUGAGACUCGUUUUUCCCCCUGCUGCAACUGCUAUAUUAUUGAUGCCGUUCUGGAACAUAGUGAAGCUCAUGGCAACCCCUUCAACAGCUCCUGCUUUAUUUGGUGGCGGUUUAUUGGGUUAUGUAAUGUAUGAUUGCACCCAUUAUUACUUGCACCAUGGUCAGCCGAAGACUGAAGUGCCCCAAAAUCUCAAGAAAUACCACUUGAAUCAUCACUUUCGGAUCCAGGAUAAAGGCUUUGGGAUCACUUCAUCACUAUGGGAUAAAAUUUUUGGAACACUUCCUCCGUCAAAAAUGGCUGCCAAAAGUAUGUAAAUUACUGUCAAGGAUAGCAUAUAUUCGUUAGUGAAAAUAAUAGCAAAUUCAAGAAGUCUUGCUUUUAUUUAUCUUAAUUUAUUUGACCCCCAAAAUUGAUGUUUAUUGGGUGUUAGCGUGCCAUCGUUUGUCAAUUUUUGUGUGGUGCCAAAGUUCUAGAAGUAUACAUUCUGUAUAAAUUGAUUUGUUGUAUCAGAUUGAUUUAUGAUGGAAAGCUCACCUUGUGCAUGUUCC